UAGAGGUGUGGUAGACUCAAAUGAUCUCCCGUUGAAUGUCUCACGUGAAAUACUUCAAGAGAGUCGUAUUGUUCGCAUUAUGAGGAAACGUUUGGUGAGGAAAGCUUUUGAGAUGAUCCAAGGCAUAGCCUUGAGUGAUAAUAGAGAUGACUAUGAGAAGUUCUAUGAAAAUUUUGGCAAGCACCUAAAAAUAGGUUGCAUCGAAGAUCGUGAGAACCACAAGCGCAUUGCCCCAUUGCUAAGAUUUUUCUCUUCACAAAGUGAGGAAGACAUGAUCAGCCUGGAUGAAUAUGUUGAGAACAUGAAGCCAGACCAGAAGGAAAUAUAUUUUAUUGCUUCUGAUAGUGUAGCAAGCGCAAAGAACACUCCCUUCCUUGAAAAGCUUCUUGAGAAAGAUCUUGAAGUACUCUUUUUAGUUGAUCCCAUUGAUGAGGUUGCUAUCCAGAAUCUCAAAUCCUACAAAGAAAAAGAGUUUGUUGAUAUUAGCAAAGAAGAUCUUGAUCUGGGU